AUGACAUCGUCUCUCUUUGCAACCAGUGGAAAUCCUUACUCCAAAAGUCAUCGCGUGUUUUUAGAUAAAUCAAGGCAAACUGAGAAGAUUAAUGAUCUUCUACAACUGCAUAUACCGCCAUUGGUACCGAUGAAGACUCUCCAGGAACGAAGCUUAAAUAUUUUAAGCAUUGGAAGUGGAAAUGGGCAAACCGAUUUGUCUUUCCUAAGAGUGAUCAAGGAAGAAUUGAUAAAGACAGACCUCGGGCGCAAUGUGAAGAUCUUCAACCGAGCCGUUGAACCUAACCUAUCUUCGUGUGGCCUGUACAAAGCAGCCAUUGAAAAUUUACCAAGUCCGCUAGACGAUGGGAAAACGGCUUUUGACAUCUGUCAGCAGUCUUUUGAAGAGUAUCAACAAAGCUACAGAGAACCCCUCAGUUUCGACAUCAUACAUUUCAUACACAGCAUAUAUUUUGUAGACAUCGAGAAAGCUCUACUGCAUUGUUUUGGAAAAGAACUUAGCAGUAAAGGAAAAAUAAUCUGUAUCGCGUCCAGGCGAGAUCUCAUUUGUAACGUUGCGUCAAAACUGCAGCAAAAAUUUCAGUGGCAUGUGGGCAGUGAGAUUUACGACGUAGUCGACAAAAUGAUCCAGAUUGCCAACAAAAACGGAUUGAAGAUUGAGGUUCAUGACCAAGAAUAUUCAAUUGAUGUCACCGAGGUCUUUGAUCCGCAUUCAACCGAAGGAAAUCUGCUACUCGACUUCUUGACGCAAACGGAAAAUUUUCGUAAUACUGAGGACAAAGAGUUUGUUGACGAAAUGUUGUCAUUUAUCAGAGAUCUGACUUUUGUUAAAGACGGAAAAUUGUUUGGAGAAAAGAAAGAAUCUUUGGUGGUCAUCUUUAACUAGUAACACAAACUAUCGUGAGGUUUUUUUGAAAUUGUAUUGUUUUCUGUUUAUUUUCUGCUUAGCGACUGAGGUGAUUACGUUGCCCCAGCUUGACCGUAGUCUCUAGUUCAAGAUGUUUCUUAAAUUAUAAAAUCCUUAAUUCUUCAGAUUGAGGAGGCCAAACAUUAAUUUAUUCUUUAUUCACAGUGAUGGGAAACCUUUGUGAGUUAUAACACAUAAGUAAAUAAAUAAAUAUAAAUCAGUAUAUUUAGUUUUCGUAUCAUUUAUAAAUUGUUGCGUAAGAUCUUUAUGUUGAUCACGAUGUGUAAACAGGAAAAGCUAGAGGAACAACUCUGACAUACUCUCAGGUUUUUCUGUUUUGUUUUGGUAAACAGUAUCUUUCACUUUCAAAUCAUAAUUUGCGAUGAACUGAUUUAAUUAUAAUUAGGCGUGGUCUAUUGAUAAACCGAUAAUCGAUACCAAUCAAUAACAAUUGAUUUCAAUCAUCGAUUAGUAUCGAUUUCUGAUAUCGAUUGCUAUCGCCUAUUAUCAGAAAAGACUUGUCUUUUAAGGAGUUCAGCAUUGACGCGAUGUUGCUUGUACGGUAUUUUUGAAUCAUUGAGUUGUUAAAGUGUGCAAUACUUUCAAUCCAUAAAAAAGUUUAAGAACAAAAACAGAAACACGACAAAAAGGUUUAGAUGUAGUCGACAGCGCCGAAUUGAAUUCGGGGAAUGGGGCACUCAACAAAGCUUUAUACGGGGAGGCUCCACCCGGAGGUCCAACGCCUCACAUUUUUAUUUACCAUUUUUGACGUGAGAAUGUAUCCCUUUCGUAUGCAUUCUAUUGACAAAUAGUACCCCUUUCACAUACUUAGUUUAGAUCUGCUGUACAUACACCGUCUUUCAAAUAUGAAUAAAUCACUAAACCAGGAAGUUUCUUGUCUUUUUCAUAGCCGUGAGAUGCAUUUGUUAGCCCUUUUAGGUCCCUUUACAGACCUAAACAAUAGAUUUCCCUACUCUUUUAUACACUUGUGAAAUGCUUACCUUUUUAUAUUCUUGAAGCCUUAAAAAGGUAUACCCCUUCUGGGUGGAGCCUCCUUACAUUCGCCACUAUAAGGAGCACAACCGUCACCUCUCCAGGGGGAGAUUGAAUCGACAUCUCAGAAUCUAUGAAAACAGCAAAACCACAAAUGGAACGCCAUGAAGACUACUCCUUGACUAGUGGCUGAAGUAAAAUUGUUUACGAGAUUUUCAGGAUAUCUGAACCGUAUACUGUUCAGGAUCAGUUAUUUAACAGUUAAUGAAUGAGGCUGAGUAUCUUAUGAAGAAUUAUGGGGGUGUUAUCCGUCGAGGCCGUAGGCCGAGGAGGAUUACACCCUCCAAGAUCUCCACAAUUCUUCAUAUGAUACGAAAGCCGAAUUCAAUAUUAGUUUAAAAACAUAGCUAAAACAAGCUUACCUCCAUCAAUCCAUCGAUGUUCAGUUCAUCUUCGAUAGUGUACGUUUAGGUUUGUCUAGCUCCGCAAAUAUUCUCCAAAUAGCAGAUGUCGCCCUCCGAGUUGUCUUCUUGCUGUUUUUGCUAUGUUUUUAACUAUUACUUCGCCUAGUUCCAGCUGCAGCACUUACACUUGAAACGAGUGAAGUGUCGGCCAUUUUUGUUUUCACAACCAAAACAACUCAGCCUCGUCCCCAGGUCUUCUCGGUUAACGGUUCAGUAAUCUGUAGAAGGCUGCAUUUUUCAUGUCAUUUCCUCGUUAAACACAAAAUUCUUCCAAAUUUGGUCAUCAGUAACUGGUUAUGGUGAAUUAAACGUGUGCUUUUAGCCAAUCAGAAUCGGGGAAAUAUUUUGAAUGAAUAAUAAUGCUUGUUACUGAUCAUUUUGGUUCUAUCGAUAACAAUCGGUUUCUUUUUCUGUAACCGCUUCGAUUGUUAUCAAUUGACAACGGCUGGUUGUAGCCACCGCGUACCUAUUUAACUUCGGAAUUUGUUUCUCCUACAAGUCAUAUCAAGUCAUAUCGACUUUUAUCAUAUAGACACGAGUGUUUUACUGGAAAAUAUACCACUCGUAAAAUUGAUAAAAACUCCAUCCGGGACCCGAGUGGUUUAUUUUCCAUAAUCUCACACGUGAGUUUAUCUAUGACGUAAUUUCGGUAAUUUCCCUCCAAAAUUUAUAGGCGUCUUGCGUCCUUUGAAUUUUAAUUACACAUUUUUCAAAGCUUUGCUUAUAUUUCGUCAUUGUAGAGCCCUGUUCAGCUCAGUGGUAUUUCUAAAGAUUAUUGUAAACAAUGUCUUAUAUCGCUGUACUGUAAAUUUGAGCCGUCACAAUUACUUUUUGCCGAAUAAAAAUCUAUUAUUUUAUCGAUGUCUUUUUGUCUAUAUAAUAAAGAGAACAUUACACGGCGGCUUGAAGAAAUGAAUUUUAUUUUCUCGUGGCAAAAACAAUAUUUUACUCACUCGCUGCGCUCGUUCGUAAAAUAUUGUUUUGCCACUCGAAAAUAAAAUUCAUAUCUUCGCGCCACCGUGUAAUAUCUUCUAUAUAUUUUACACUUAAUGUCAGAUCCCGAGGGAAAAAGUUAGUUUUGUUUUCCCGAGAGUCCUGAUGUUUCCCGAGACGAAGUCGAGAGAAACAUCAGGACUCGAGGGAAAACAAUAAUUGGAAAUAUCAGGACUCGAAGGAAAACAAUACUAACUGGUUUCCCAAGGGACCUGACAUUAGGUGUUUUGUUAUAUUUCUAGACUUUCUCUUCAACAGCAACAAAAGAAUAACCGGAACGAACCAAAACAGUCCACUCGGUAGUUAUAACAACACAAAUUUAAUUCUUAAAACCACUGAAUGAAUGAUUUACAAAGUACUUUCCUUAUAUUAUCUGCAUCUUUUUCCUCCACUAGCUGCUGUUUCUCUUCUAGGAUGGCUUUAAUAAUCGUUGCUUUUUAGCUUGAAGCUUCGUGUUUGUGUUUAGGGUUUAGCGGGCCAGCUGGCCCGAAUUUUUUUUCUGAAAGUCGAGCACUGCACUAAAGUAAGUGAGGGCGAUGUAAAUUUUCUUCAUGUCCGCUCUGCUGGACUUCGCCUCUGUAGUACAUGUGUGUUAUUGUUAUUACCAACGGACCUGGGCCCUAGCCCUCACAGGUUUUCUUUUCAGUACUGCGUGUUUGUUCUCCUGUACUGGAAAGGGUGGAGUAUUAGCUAUUUACGAGUUUAUCCUCUAGCACUUUCUUGUUUACGUCUUAACCUUAACCUUACCCAUAGAAUCCAUCAUAUCUUCAAACAGGCCGUAACGCAACGCCUCAUAAUAUUCUACGUGUGGUCAUUUGUUGGCGUUUGUCGUUUUUCCGCGCUAUAUUAGCCUGCGCCACAGACAAAACUAUAUUGGAAGCUCUGCUGAAACUCGGUCACCUUUUCAGUAAAGAAAAACUACGCAACAGCGGAAAAUGACAUCGUCUCUCUUUGCAACCAGUGGAAAUCCUUACUUGAAAAGUUAUCGCGUGUUUUUAGAUAAAUCAGGGCAAACUGAAAAGAUUAAUCAUCUUCUACAAUUGCAUAUACCGUCAUUGCUACCGAUGAAGAUUCUCCAGGAACGAAGCUUAAAUAUUUUAAGCAUUGGAAGUGGAAAUGGGCAGACCGAUUUGUCUUUCCUAAGAGUAAUCAAGGAAGAAUUGAUAAAGACAGACCUCUGGCGCAAUGUGAAGAUCUUCAACCGAGCCGUUGAACCUAACCUAUUUUCGUGUGGCCUGUACAAAGCAGCCAUUGAAAAUCUACCAAGUCCGCUAGACGAUGGGAAAACGGCUUUUGACAUCUGUCAACAGUCCCUUGAAGAGUAUCAACAAAGCCACAGAGAACCCCUCAGUUUCGACAUCGUACAUUUCAUACACAGUAUAUAUUUUUUAGACUUCGAGAAAGCUCUACUGCAUUGUUUUGAAAAAGAACUUAGCGAUAAAGGAAAAAUAAUCUGUAUCGCGGCCAGGCGAGAUCUCGCUUGUAGCGUUCUUUCAAAACUGCAGCAAAAACUGCAGUGGCAUGUGGGCAGUGAGAUUUACGACGUAGUUGAUAAAAUGAUCCAGAUUGCCAACAGAAACGGAUUGAAGAUUGAGGUUCAUGACCAGGAAUAUUCAAUUGAUGUCACCGAGGUCUUUGAUCCGCAUUCAAUCGAAGGAAAUCUGCUACUCGACUUCUUGACGCAAACGGAAAAUUUUCGUAAUACUGAGGACAAAGAGUUUGUUGAAGAAAUGUUGUCAUUUAUCAGAGAUCUGACUUUUGUUAAAGACGGAAAAUUGUUUGGAAAAAAGAAAGAAUCUUUGGUGGUCAUCUGUAACUAG